AUCAAAAACCAUUUCCUCGACAUUCAGUCAAACAAAUGGUGUUUCGGCGGCGUACUCAACAGAGCCAUUACCAUCUCGAAGACUAUAGGGGCUACCAUCAUAAAAUGGAUAAACAGUCACUCAAUAGUGCGCACUACCUUGCGCAUUGUCAUGUCGAUCAUAGAGAAAGCUGUGAAGAGUCUCUGUUCGUACUUCAUGUACAUCUGUUCAUCAAAAACGGAUAAAUCCUGGGGUGGUUGGUUCGUUGACUGCCAGGAUUGUCACAACAGGCCCAAAAAUGGCAUGUUCGAAAACGAUAUGAACAACGCACUUGCCCAAGGGAUGAGCAUGGGCAUUAAAAUGACCGGCAGCUCGUCCACGAGACUUACUUCAUCGUUGAAUUCAAUUGAGAAUGGUAAACUAGAAGCUGUACCAUUGAAAUUGGACUUAUCUCGGAGACAGGGAUCCACUCCAACUGAACACCACGAUUCAUCGGCGAGACAAGAGGUACCUUCCACGGACAACAAAAAUGUGGUGCCUCCUAGGCAAGAAGAAGAACAUCCAUCAAAUAAUAUCAAAGAUCCCGCAUCUGCGGCAAAAGGAAAGUCCGAACAGGAAGAUUACGCGAACGAGGGCGAAGAUAACGAUGGUGCCUUAACCAGAUACGGUGGAAAGGACCCGUCGUGCGAACCGCCGAUUCCUAUUUGUCCUAUUGGAACGACCAGGGAGUAUAACAUGCCAGACCCAGCCGACUGCAGAUACUACUACGUGUGCACCCCUAACGGAAUGUUCAAGCGCAUGUGCCCUCUCGGUUACAACUUGAGUCCAGUUCACCUGGUGUGCAUGCCGGUUGCCGACGCGGGAUGUGCCCAAUGGAUACCGCCUCCGCACUGCAUUUACAAAGCAAGUCACUGACCGCAGAAACAUGGCUGAACGAGAAACGGACUUACCGAAUUUAUUGAAAUGUAUCAUUAAAAGGCAAUAAAUUAUAAAAACAA